AUGGCCGAGGUGCGCGAGCAUGCAUCGCAGGACUCGGCGUGGAUCGUCGUCCACGGCCACAUCUACGAUUGCAGCGCGUACCUCAAGGACCACCCCGGCGGCACUGAUAGCGUCCUCAUCAACGCCGGCGCCGACUGCACCGAGGAAUUCGACGUCAUCCACUCCGAUAUGGCCAAGGCGCUCCUCGCCGCCUACUGCAUCGGCGAGCUCGUCGCCGCCGGUGAUGGCAGCGACAGCCCGAACACCGCCGUGAUCUGCAGGUCCCCGCCGCCGGCGCCCGUCGCGCUCUCCAACCCGCGCGAGAAGGUCCCCUUCCGCCUCGUCGGCAGGAAGGAGCUAUCCCGCAACGUCCGCCUGCUCCACUUCGCGCUGCCGGCGCCGGGCCAGGUGCAUCUCUGA